CAUGACCCUCAAGAACUCAGCUCUCUUAUGGCUCACCGCCAUAGCCAUUCUCUUCCUCUCCAUUGCUCUCUCUCUCCUCCCCUCUCACUCCUCCAUUCAAGCCUUCCACAAUGUCGCAGCUAAGCUUCGCCUCCACCACAUCUUCCAUGGCAUCAAUUAUUUCUACACAAAACCCCACCACCACCACCACCACCACCACCACCGCCGCCGGCGCCGCCGCCGCGGAUCGUGCGAAGCCCUGAGGAAAUCGAGCCUCAUAUCUCUGUACAACGUGAGCACAGUCUACACGGUGGUGGCCAGCGGCGGCAAGUGCGCGAAUUUUAGCAGCGUCCAGAAAGCGGUGGAUGCUUUGCCGGAUUUCAGCGAUUCCUGGACACUCAUUGUAAUUGAUUCAGGCACUUAUAGGGAAAAGGUGGUGGUGAGCCCUAACAAGACGAAGGUGAUAAUGCAAGGGCAGGGAUACCUCAAGACUGCUAUAGCAUGGAAUGACACAGCCAAUUCUACAGGAACAACUGCCCUCACUUACACCUUUGCAGCUCUGCCUCCUAAUUUCCUUGCCUAUAACAUCAGCUUUGUGAACAGCGCGGGAGCACCUGAUCCGGGGGCGGUGGGAGGACAGGCGAUAGCACUGAAGGUUUCCGGCGACCAAUCAGCGUUCUACGGCUGCGGGUUUUACGGCGAGCAAGACACCCUCAAUGACGACCGCGGCCGCCAUUAUUACAAAGAUUGCUUUAUCCAGGGCUCCAUCGACUUCAUCUUCGGGAAUGCCAGAUCCCUAUUCCACGACUGCCGGAUCAAUUCCACCGCCAAAGACCUCCCCUCCGGCGGCGGCGUCGGCGGCAGCAUCACCGCCCACGGGCGCGACUCCGCCGCUGAGAAUUCUGGAUUCUCUUUCGUCAAUUGCAGCAUCUCCGGCUCCGGCCAGGUCUGGCUCGGCCGGGCUUGGGGCCACUACGCCACCGCCGUUUUCUCCCGGACGUACAUGUCCUCCGCCGUCGCCGCCGACGGCUGGAACGACUGGCGCGACUCCUCCCGUGACCGAACGGUGACAUUUGGGGAGUUUGAGAACUACGGGCCAGGAGCAAAUUAUACAUACCGAGUGGGGUACGCCAAGCAGCUGAAGGAAUCGGAGGCGGAGCCAUACAUGAAUAUUUCUUACAUAGAUGGAGAAGAGUGGCUGCUUCUGCAGCCUGAUGCUGAAGAAUCCUCCGACCAAUCCUUAAUUAACGACGACGACGACGACUUCCUCUUCCUAGGUUUAGCAGAAGACGACGAUGAUUAUGCUGCAUCUUCGUCUAUCCAGACUUACUGAUUGAUCAUAUUCAUAGACAAACACAUAACAUAUAUAUAUAUAUAUAUAUUAAUUCUUUCUUGUGAUUAAUUACUAAUAGUGCGUAGUUCCUGCAGGCUGAUCUCGAUUAUAUAUAUACACAACUUCUCAUAUACAUACGUAUUCGUAUAUGACGAUAUUAUUAAUUACAAGUACGUAUAGCAUAUUGUAAUGUAUUUGUAUACACUGUAUGAUAGAAUGAUGAGCUACUAGUAUUCAGUUUCAAAAUAAAGGGAUUGUUUUAUUGUGUUUUAA